AGACUUGCGCUGUCCCGGGCUGAAUGCAUCAUGGCUGGCAGUAAGUUGGUAUUGGAGGGUAGGAUCAGUGCAUGCUGCUUUCUUUUAGGUAUCUCCGUGGUGGGCAUCCCGUUGUUGUCGGCGCUGAGCUUUCGGUUCCACUGGGUUGAAGAGGUGCUUGGAGGCCUGCAUAGUAAGGCAGCCAUCGCGGGAUACAUAGCACUUUGUAACGGGCUGCUGCUGCUGCUGUACAAGGGAGCUCUUUACCAGGUGGCAGUUCGGGCAUUUUUCUUGGGCUUUGCAUUUGGCAGUGGCUUGCUUAUUAGUUUUGGCCACACAACAUGGACGCACUUUGGCUGGUAUAUGUGCUCCCUUUCCUUCUUUCACUACUCGGAAUACCUGGUUACAGCAGUUAUCAACCCCAGAAGUUUGUCUUUGGAUUCCUACUUGAUCAACCACAGUUUGGAGUACUCCGUGGCAGCUAUGUCAUCCUGGAUUGAAUUUGCAAUUGAGAAGUUCCUUUUUCCAGAUUUGAAACAGCUACGAUGGAUUAGUGUGCUUGGCCUUCUCAUGGUUCUUUUUGGAGACUGCUUACGCAAAACUGCUAUGUUGACUGCUGGUUCCAACUUCAAUCAUAUUGUACAAAAUGAAAAAGCACAAAGCCACAUUUUAGUCACCAGUGGCGUUUAUUCCUGUUUCCGGCACCCUUCAUAUGUGGGCUGGUUCUAUUGGAGUAUUGGUACACAGGUUUUGCUCUGUAACCCCGUUUGUUUGAUUGGUUACACGUUAGUAUCCUGGAGGUUCUUCCGAGAGCGAAUUGAGGAAGAGGAGAUGACACUUGUUCACUUUUUUGGGCAGGAUUAUCUGGACUACAAGCGCAGAGUCCCCACAGGACUCCCUUUUAUUUCAGGGAUAAAGACUGAGCCAUGAUCAUCUGCCUAGGGUGCUCACAAUCACGCAUACACAAUCAUGCACAAACACACACACACUCGCACUUACUCCACCUAUAAAGCCCGAUUCAC